AUGGCUGACCUCCUCCACAAAGCGAUAAGAGCUAUGUCCAUUGGUGAUGAUGAAGAGCCCCUUACCCUACCUGAUGAACCCCGUUUCCGUGUUAUUGAUGAGAAUGAAACUAGUAUCCUUGGCCGCUUGCUGAACCCCGAAUGUCAGUCCAUGGCUCGAAUGAUAGACUAUAUGCCUACAGCGUGGCGUGUUUACGGUCGUGUUCGAGGGAUUGCUCUCUCGAAAGACAGGUUCCAGUUUGUUUUCCAGCGAGAGGAAGAUCUACAGACGGUCCUCAAAGAUAGACCCUGGUCUUAUAAUCAUUGGGCUAUGGCUUUGGAGAGAUGGACAGCUAACCCUCCUGAUGACUUCCUCAAAACGAUGGAUCUGUGGAUUCGGAUUAGGCAUAUCCCAGUGGAGUUCUUCACUACUGAUACUAUGUACCGCCUGGCGUCAGAGGUUGGAAAAGUUGAUGUUAUUGCUUACGAUCCUAAGGUUUCCCAGACUAAGGACUACAUCAGAGCCAAAGUUUGCUUCAACCUGGAUAACCCGGCCAAGGCAUUCAGAAGAUUGAACCUCAAGUCUGGUGGGACGGUGAACAUUGAAUUUGAAUAUGAAAAGAUUCAUAAGAGAUGUUUUCACUGUCUGCGCCUUACCCAUGAAAAGAUCAGAUGCCCACUUUUGCGUAGAGGUGGUGUGAAGGAGAAACAAGUAUCUAAUGACCGAGAGGCAUUGCCUGAGCCUCGUCCUAAUCUUCCCAUUGUGAGAUCUUCACUACUGGAUGAGGGCCCGCCUGGUUUUCCUCCCAUGUUUCCGGAGCUUUCAAAGCAAGACCAAAAAAUGGCUAUGUUGUAUAUCUCACAUGCUGAUGAGACAGAACGCAGAGCUAGAAUCGAAAGAGUCAAGCAAGGUAUUGCUGAUAGUGCUGCUGAAGCUUCGGUCCGUAUCACUCGGAUUACCAAUGAGCUAGACAAAGGAAAAGGCCACGUUUUCUCUUAUCAAGACGAUACACUGGUCUCUAAAAAACAGAGACCCCUCUUACUUGGAGCUUACUCAGAAGGCUAUGUUCAAUCUCUGGAGGAAGGUGAGGCUGAUUCUUUGGCUACAAAUGGCUCCUUUUCGUCUGCUCCCAUUGUGGUUCUGUCGGGUUUUCAGCUUGGCCCUUCCUCGGGAGGGCGAGUCUCCGGGAACCAAAAUGCCAGCAAGACCCAAAGGAAGAGGCCUCCGUCCUGGAAGAGGAAACUCAAUACCAUUCGUGCCCAGGCUUCUUAUCCUGCUCCUUCUCAGCACCUGAACAAGGCAAAGAGAAAGUCUUCUCCCCCUCCACAGACAGCGUCCGAGAACAAAUCUGCAAAGCUUACAGACCCUACGGUGGCUUCCGUAUUGAAGCCGCUGCUCCCCCAAUGA